CCCUCUGUGUGCCCCACCCCCACAGCAGACGCAUCAUCAACCUGAGCCCGGUGAUGGUGAUUCCAGAGGAGCAGCCGGCCCAGCCAGCCCUGCCAGUCCAGCCUGAGGGCAUGAGGGUGGUCUGUGGUCACUGUGGAAACACCUUCCUGGGUAACGAGGACUCUGCCACGGCCCCUUCUGGUCUGGCUCUCCAUGACAACAACACCUCUACAGACCAGUGGAUGGAGCUCCGAUUUAACACGCUAGCAAAAUGCCCUCACUGCAAAAAAAUAUCGUCUGUGGGUAGUGCUCUUCCAAGGAGGCGUUGUUGUGCCUACAUCACUGUGGGAAUGAUCUGCAUCUUUAUCGGAGUGGGAUUAACAGUGGGCACUCAGGACUUUGCCAGCCGUUACCAUGCCAUCUAUGUGUCCUGGGCGUUCUCCUACCUCCUGGGUCUGAUCUGUCUGAUUCGAGCUUGUUACUGGGGAGCCAUCAAAGUCAGUUAUCCAGAGAACAGCUUUUCCUAGACAGACAGGCCA